GCUUGGAAGUGACAGGUUGGAGAAACACGUAGUUGUGGGUGGGGUCCACAUGUCCAACAAGGAUUCUGAUGUCAGGCAGCUGAGUAGUGUCCUCGAAUUGAUUGAUUUGAUUCAUUGUGUUGUUGUGUGUUGGGUUUGGGGCGAAACAAAACAGGGUUCUAUUCUGUUCUGUUAUAACUUCUUCAACCCUUCCUUUCUUUCUUUCGAUUUGGGGUUAUUCAAUUUCUUCUAUUUGGGGCUUGUUUUCCGCAAUCAUCUCUUUCGAUUUCUACAAUUGCAAUGCCAAAUUCAGAUUCUUCGGUAGAAGAUGAUCCAUCACUUCAAGAAGAAGAAGAAGAUGAAGUUGAUGAUGACGAAGAAGAAGAAUUUGAAGAAGUAGAAGUAGAAGAGGAAGAAGAGGAUCAGGAAGAAGAAGAGGAAAUAGAAGAAGUUGAACAAGAAGAAGAGGAGCAGGAAGAAGUUGAAGAAGAAGAGGAGGAGGAAGAAAUUGAAGAGGAAGAGGAGGAUGAAGUGGAAGAAGAAGAAGAAGAAGUUGAGAAGGAGGAAGUAGAAACAGUAGUGGUGGAGGAGGAAGAGGAGGAGGAGGAGGAGGAAGAAGAAGAAGAAGAGGAAGAGGAGGAGGAGGAGGAGGAAGAAGCAAUAGAGAGUGAACAUAUCAAAGAAACAAUAAAGGUGGAAGAGGAGGAAAAGGAGGAGGAGGAGGAGGAGGAGGAGGAAGAAGAAGAAGAAGAAGAAGAAGAAGAAAAAGAAGAAGAAGAGGAAGAGGAAGAGGAAGAGGAAGAGGAAGAGGAAGAAGAGAUGGAGGAUGAGGAAAAACAAGAAAAAAUAGUAGUAGAGGAGAAAGAUAAAGACAAAGAUGAGGUUCCAAAUUCUCUUCCUGAUGCGGAUAAACAUAGCAAAGUAGAGGUGGAAGAGGAGGAGGAGAAAGAAGAAAACGAAGAAGCAAUAGACAUGGAAGUAGAGGAAGAGCAAGAAACAGUUGUAGAGAAAGAUAAAGAGAAAGAUGAGGUUCCAGAUUCUCUGCCCGAUGCAGAUAAACGUAGCAAAGAUUCAAGCCAACAUAUGGAACUUGAUGUGAAAGAGGAGAACUUGGGGUCAGUUUCUCAUGUGCCCGAUAACCCUGAAGUAAUACGGCCAUCACAUUAUAUGGAAGAGAAUGAUGCCAUGAGUAAAGCAUCUGUUUCGUUGCAUGAGGAAUUGACAUUGAAAAAUGAAGAUUAUCCCCUGAAACAAAAAGUAGAAAGUCCUCCAAAACCAAGUGAAAACUUGAUUUCUGCCGAAGAUGGGAAAAAUCAAGGUCUAAACGUUGAUGUUGAAAAUCCUGGACAUCUUCAGAGGAAAGCCUCUGAAGGAUGCAGUGAACCAGAUUGCAAUAGCAAAGCUUCUUUAUCUGAUGUUAUGGACAUUGAUUCUAGGGCCACCAAGCCAUCUAGUGAUACGGGAAAAGAUGUGGUUACUGGAAUCAUACUGAGAGAUAAUUUUGUCGAGGAUGCUGAUGGUGAUCAGAACUCUAAGGAGAAAGUUAUGCAGUCAGAGAUGGAGUCAACGGUUGAUGUGAAACAAAAGCCAUCAAGGACUAGAAUCCACUCUCCCAGUGCUGAGAUUAAAGAUGGAAACAAAAGACCUGCAAUUAUAUGUGCUUUUUUUGCUAAAGGUUGGUGCAUCCGAGGUAGUUCUUGUAGCUUCCUUCAUGUAAAAGAUAGCGUGAAUAAUACCGACCAGGGGGCUGAAGGAGACGUAGUCACUGCACAUCAGAAGAGAGAAUUGAAAUUGGAAAAAGGUGUUAAGGAAAAUGAGGAAGAAGCAAGUCCAAGUUGGCAUCCAUCUCAUGAAAAAGAGAAGUUUCUGAUGAGGGACAGCUUGUUUCCAGAGAAUAAAUCUGCAUUUAAUACAUCAAACAAUUAUUUCAGCUCAAAUCUUUCCUCAUAUUCAUCCCGUGCAGAGGAAAUGAUUGCUAUUCGAAACCAACAUAUGUACAGAGGAUAUACAUCGACAAAAGAUUUUAGUUCACCUUUAGGUGCAAGUGCUUUGGACUCUCACGCCCAUAAAUCCUCUUUCUCUUCAGAUCGGGAAGAUUUUCAUCUAGUUGGUUCAUCUAGGGUUGCACCACAUGCUAAUGGAUAUACACUGAAAACCCGUUCUAAUUGGGAACCUUCUGUUCCAUUUCGACCAUCCUUUUUUAUCACUUCUAUGAAUGUAUCAUCCCCCAGAGAUCUUUAUGACCCUCUUCGUAAUAGCAUUGAGAUACCAAAUAUUGGAGAUGGGUCUCUGAAAGCUUCCCUUCUAAUUCGAGGGUCAUCUGUUCAGGCUUCAUCACAAGUUCGGACAUAUGAUGAUUCUGCUGCAGUUGGGAAACAAAUGUCUGAUGUUAAUGAUGAUAAAAGUUCUGUAUCUUCCCAUCAUAAGUUUUAUGAAAAUGAGCCAAACAGAAGUUCUGUUCCUCGUGGAAAAGAUUGUCUUGCAACCAAAGCAGAGAUAACAUCAGGAACUUGUGCAAACUACCAAAAUGGUGACAUAGGUGUGGGACAAUAUGCCUUUGGUGUUGAAGAUAGGAUAGAAACACUGAAAAAACGAACUGAGCAUGAUGCUAGGCAUCAUAGUGAUGAAUCAGAGCACAAAAAAAAUAGAGUAGCAAAGGAUAAUAAAUUUCAUGAAAUGGAGGUUGACUUUCAGACAGAUGGCAGUGUACUCAAAGAAACAAAGACACUGAAAAUUUUCCAUGCAGUCCUUGUCGAUCUUGUGAAAGAGUUGCUAAAACCAUUUUGGCAUGAGGGUCGUCUCAGCAAGGAUGCACAUAUAUUGAUAGUUAAAAAAUCAGUUGACAAGGUUAUUAGCACUUUAGAACCACGCCAAAUUCCGACCACUGAAGAUACUGCUAAGCAAUAUGUUUCUUUAUGUCGGCCAAAAAUUGCAAAGUUAGUCCAUGGAUAUGUCAAUAAACAUGGCAAAUCUUGAUAUGCCAGCUCAAACACCUCUUUUUUGUACAGUUUCUGUUUGGCUGAUUCCAAUUCAGGACAGCUUCCGUCUGAGGCUAUCUGUUUCAAAGUCAAGGUUGAUUUGGAAUAUUUUGAAUUCUCUUUCAAAGAUGUCUGCUUCAUUUUUUUUUUUCCGCGUUUUCUCUUGUUCCAUUCUGAAGUAAACUGGCUUGAAUUGCAUGGUUUAUAAGGAUAUCUUAUUUCAUUAAUUUGCAUAAUUAUGUUACUUGUUUAGCAAUAUUUGGUGUAACUUUCAAGCUCCUGCUAGUAUUGGGCAGCAACUUGGAAAGACUGGUAGGGCUCAUACUGUUCUUUACUUUCAUGCAUAUGAAAAAUCUGGAUUUUUUUGUAAAUACAGUGGUGGACCGUGCUGUAGAGUUUAGCAAUUAGCUGACAUAGCUAGAGACUAGGGUUUCAGAAGUUGCAAUAUGUUGGACAGGUUUCCAAUGUCCCAAUUGUCAAUCUUAGCAUUUAUGUUUUUCCCUGUUUCAUCUAUGUUUCUUGUUAUGCCUCUUGUUGGCCGGAGUAAAUUUUGUCAAGUUGCAGCAAGUUACUAAACUCAUAGUAUUUAUCAUCUGAAAAUAUAAAUUGUAGUCCCGUUCUUCUCUAAUCAUAAUUUAUAGUUGUGGAAUUCGGCUUCCUAUAUUUAUGGAGGACAUAUUUCUGUUA